ACGAUGGUUUAUCGAUGCCACAUCGAUGCCAUAUUGAUGCUGAACAUAUAUGGCAUCGAUUCCAUGCUCCAUCGAUGCUAUUUCGAUGGUACAUCGAGCCCAUUUCGAUGCUGAACAAAAGAUUGAGUAUUUUUUAUAAAUUCAACUAAUUCUUUUUUUUUUUUGAUAUUUUGCAGAUGCCACCCAAACGUAUCCCACCACUUGAGAUCCCUAUGGAGGAUCAUUAUGUCGGUCGUAUGACCUAUAGGGGUUCCGGGAGGUUAACAAAAUUGAAGAAAAGAUUUGAGGAGCAUGGAUUGUUGGGGAGGGUGAAUGAGUCUGUUUUUGGACCAUUCUUCACAGCCCCUCCCUUUUCGUUCUCUGGGGCAUUGGUUCACACACUACUUUUGCGGAAGGUCAAGUCUCCGCGUGGCGAUGAGGUGCACUUCUUGAUGGGCCCAAACUUAUGUAAGUUUGGGGUGCACGAGUUCGCCAUUAUCACCGGCCUGAGCUGCUCCUGUCCACCACUUGCCGUUGACAUUGAACCUCACAUUACUUCCUCCCGCCUAGUUGAUACAUAUUUCAGUGUGGAACCCGAAAAAGACAUUCGGUUCAGUAUCUUGGAACGAGCUUUUAGUAUGUGCGAUGUACCUGAUGAUUUGUACAAGCUCGGUUUGGUUUACUUUGUGGAGGGGAUACUAUUGGGCGCUGAGAACGACAAUGCUAUUUGGCGAGAUUCAUUGUCGAUGGUCGAGGAUUUAGAUUAUUUUGAGAAGUAUCCAUGGGGAUCCCUUUCAUUCGAUACAACUGUGAAACAAUUCAAUAGAGAUAUGAAAGCGAUUGGUGGUACAAUACCAGGUAAGAAGGCGAAGAAGAUCAUUGAGGCGGAGUCUUCUAAGGGUUUUAAGGUGGAGGCAAAGUACACUUGCAAGGGGUAUCCACCAGCCUUGCAAUAUUGGGCGUACGAGACGAUUCUUGAUUUACAGAAGGAACACGCCAAGCCCUGUGGAUUCAAGUUCCCUAGGAUGCUACAGUGGGAGAGCAUAGGCCAGCCGAAGCAUUUGCAUUUGAAGGAUGUACUUGCGAGGAGACAUUUGUCAUGCAUUUCUAUCCUAAGGCCUCGACCAAAUGAGCGAGACUUCUUUGAUGCCGUAUAUCAGAGGACAGAGGGGGAUGCUCCUAGGUAUGCGAUGCUGCAGAAUAUGAUCCAGCCUGCACCAGAGGAUGGAAGACCUUACGAUCCUGAGGCAGAGGCUGUUGCGGUGGCUGAGAUAGCCGUUGAGGCUGGCAUAUUUGUGGAGGAUGUCCCGACAGAGUCUGCUCCAGAUACUAGUACAGAACCUACUUCUGCUCCUGCUCCUGCUCCUGGGGCUUAUGAGGAGGUGUUGGGUGAGAUAGCCAGACUAUCAGGUGCAGUGGACGAUGUUAAGGCCACUCUAGGUAUCGUCCUUAAAAAUCAAGAAGUCAUAUUAGAGAAGCUGGCAACACUAGGUAGUAUACCUACUCCUGCACAUACUCAUGCACCCACUCCAACAGAUGAUGUAGAGUACGACAUUCUCCCCUCAUGUUACGAGCCUUCUGUUGGAGAAGCCACACCUUCUCAGCCAGUGCAGACGGUCUUAGGUAAGCGUACUAGACAGAGACCAGUAAGGUACGAGGACUAUACUCCAGCAGCCAAGAAACCAAAGUUCAAGGACCCAGUUACGAUCCUUCCUUUAAAGGUGUUGGAUCAAGAUAUGUUGACAACUUUUAACCGAUGGGUACUCGGUGAUAUUGAUAACAGCAGACCGAGGAAGUUGGAAUGUUGUGAUGGGACCCCUGUUUGGUUCUUGAAGUUGAAGGUGGCAAAAGAAUGGUUGGCAGAAACUGUAAGUCUCUUAUGUUUGUUAGAACAUUUAUCUCAUUUUAACAAUCCACUCUUCCUUAACGUUACUCUAUUUAUUUGCAGCAUCUCGACGCUGCGAAUUAUCUUAUACGGAGACGUCUUUUUGAGUUGCUGAAGACGUACCCCGUGAAAGCCACCGUACUUGAUUCAUCAUUUGCAC